CAUCCUCCCGGAUUCAAAUUCCCGCGGCUCGUUUUGAAGCGCUGCUUUUCUCGUUUUGGUCUCCAGGUUUUUCAGAUCGAGAAACCCCAAUUUUGAAUCUACAAUCCCGCCAUUGAUUCAUCAAAACUAACUUCACAAUACAAAUCUCAAAUCGGAUCUAUCGAUCGAGCUGAGUUUCAAGGAUUUCCAUCCAUGGCGUCACUUCAUGAUUCCGAUACCAAAGUCCCUUCUCUCUACAGCCGCAAAGAGAAGUCUCUUGGCGUCUUAUGCUCCAAUUUCCUGAGGCUGUAUAAUCGAGAAGGCGUUGAAUCGAUAGGACUUGACAACGCAGCAAAUCAAUUAGGUGUUGAGAGGCGGCGAAUUUACGACAUCGUCAACAUAUUAGAAAGUGUUGGCGUCUUGACAAGGAAAGCAAAGAAUCAGUAUACUUGGAGGGGUUUCCGUGCUAUUCCGCAAGCUUUAGAAGAGCUUAGGAAACAGGCAUCAUCGAACGACAACCUGAAAAUGUCACAAUACUACAACUUCGGAACUGUUUUAAAUGAGAACAAUUGUCGUGGGCCUUCUAAUUCAAACAACUCAAACACUGACACACAUAUCAAACCUUCCGGAUCUCAUAAAAGUGACACCAACAGGAAGGAAAAAUCUCUAGGACUUCUGACACAAAAUUUCAUCAAGCUAUUCAUCUCUUCUAAGGAAGAUUUGAUCUCUUUGGACACUGCUGCAACAGCAUUGCUUGGUGAUGUGCAUGACCCAACAGCCAUGAGAACAAAAGUGAGGCGAUUAUAUGACAUUGCAAAUGUCUUUUCAUCCAUGGGUCUCCUUGAAAAGAUGCGACACCCAGAGAGUGGAAAACCAUCAUUUAGAUGGUUGGGAUUGAAAGGGGAAAAGGAGACAAAAUCUUUACAACCAUUGGAUACAAAUACAAUUACAAACAGCUCAAAAAGGCGAGCUUUUGGGACAGAUAUAACAAACAAUGUUAAUGAUUCAGAUUCAAAAAGAUACAGAAUGGAAUCUUUAUCUGAUUGGAGCUCAAAAGAAGUUACUGUAGCAAUGCAUGGGAAUAUGAAUAUGAAUAUGAAUAUUGACAUUGUGAAGGUGGAAAUGGAAAGUGAUGAGAAUUUGUGUUUACCUUUACACCCUCAAAAUCAAAGAAAUUCAAAGGAAUUUGUGUUUGGGCCAUUCAGACCUGUAGGAAUGUCUGGAAACAAAAAGUCAAAGGAGGGUCAAGAUUGGGAGAAGUUGGCUCAUACUUAUCGUCCUCAGUAUCACAACAAAGCUUUAGGUGAUGUUUUGGGGCAUUAUGUGGAGGCUUGGAAAUCAUGGUAUGUUGAAGCAACUGAGAAAAAACAUGUACAACAACAACAACAAGUACAGUAGUAUCAUGAAUCUACUUCAUACUAAAAAUGUCAUUCUUACUUACUCUUAAAUCUUAAUGCAUGCAACAAUUGUGGUUGUUUGUGAAUUCUUUCAUGCCUUGCA